AUGACAGCUGCAAGGCCUGUGGUGUUUAGACAAGACCUGACAGCUGAAAGACCUGUGGUGUUUAGACGAGACAUGACAGCUGCAAGACCCGUGGUGUUUAGACGAGACAUGACAGCUGCAAGGCAUGUGGUGUUUGGACGAGACAUGACAGCUGCAAGGCCUGUGUUGUUUAGACGAGACAUGACAGCUGCGAGGCCUGUGGUGUUUAGACGAGACCUGAAAGCUGCAAGGCCUGUGGUGUUUAGACAAGACCUGAAAGCUGCAAGGCAUGUGGUGUUUAGACGAGACUUGACAGCUGGAAGGCCUGUGGUGUUUAGACGAGACUUGACAGCUGCAAGGCCUGUGGUGUUUAGACGAGACCUGACAGCUGAAAGACCUGUGGUGUUUAGACGAAACCUGACAGCUGCAAGGCCUGUGGUGUUUAGACGAGACUUGACAGCUGCAAGGCAUGUGAUGUUUAGACGAGACUUGACAGCUGGAAGGCCUGUGGUGUUUAGACGAGACCUGACAGCUGCAAGGCCUGUGGUGUUUAGACGAGACCUGACAGCUGCAAGGCCUGUGGUGUUUAGACGAAACCUGACAGCUGCAAGGCCUGUUGUGUUUAGAUGA